AUGGCAGUUUCUCCUGAGGCUAGGCGCCCGCUCAGCGAACUUCGUACAUUCUCGCUCGGAUACUUCCGGCCCCCCUUCAAGGCCAUUUACGCUGAUUAUAUCGCAUAUGAGCAGUACCGUCACGAGUUCAUGAAUGAAGAUCGUGCACGAGCUGCUCUGCUUCGCGGUGGGAUCUUAUGGCAGCUAGCACUACAUAGCCUUGGCUUCGAUAACCUCCCCUCGGCCCUCAUCGGCAUUUCACGGGAUGCUGUCCCAUUUGGACAAAUGCUCACCAUCAACGGCGAGACUCACUUUGACGACGAGUUAUCGGAAGAGGAGGUCGAUUUCAUUUGUGGGACGUAUUAUGUAUACACAAACAACGGAUGCAUAGAGAAGUUGUCUUGGUGGCCUAGGCCGCAGGCCUGGGCUGGGUCAGGGUUGGAUGUGGGGUUUUGGUCUGCUCGAUGCGAAAGCUGGUUCCAGACACGCCUUGAAAACAUCCGACAAGGUGUUUCUCGUCGCCGCGAUUCAUCCGACAACAAUGGUCCGGUGAACAACACACAUUGGAAACAUGGACUCAAAUUCAAUGGAGCGACGAAGAAAUUCAAGAAGAAUCUUGACGCGGCAUGUUCUGACUUUCUCACUACCAAAGCAAGUGGUAAGCUAUCUUUUUUGUCGUUUAAUGUGCAGCUCUGA